UCAAUAAUUUGAUAUGUUUGGUUCACCAUAAAUAAUUCUUUAAAUGGUCUGUAUUUAUACAGCGCUUUUACUAUACCUAUAAGGUACCCAAUGUGACAAGAUGCAUCACAUUCACUCAUGGCAGGAGCUGCUGCGCAAGACGCUAACCAUGACCCAUCAGGAGCAGUUAGGGGUUCGUCGUCUUGCUCAGGGACACCACAACACGAGCUCUCCAGGCCAAGGAUUGAACCGGAUCUUUGCUGUAAAAUGUUUCCUUAAAGCAGCAGCAGGAGGCUGAACCCACUCUGGUCUGAUAAAGACGUUAAAGGAGGAAAUAAGUUCAGUCUGCAGCCGCCGACAUGGACCUCAGAGCUCUGACGCUGUUUGUGGGUUUGUGCAGCUCAGCGAGUCCUGCUGAGGUCCGGCUGGUCGGAGGUCCGAGUCCCUGUUCUGGCAGACUGGAGCAGCAGCGUCAGUCGGACUGGGAACCAGUGAGGGACCAGAACCUGGACUGGGACCUGACGGCAGCAGAUCAGGUCUGCAGGAGGAUCAGCUGUGGUUCUGUGGUUUCACUCAGGAGAACUCUGGACCAGGAACCUCCACAAGACUUGGUCACCAGAGAUGAGUCCAGAGCUGAAGGAACUCCAGAACGGCCCCCCUUCAGAGUGGAGAUCACCUGCUCAGACUCUGUGAGGCUGGUGGACAGGUCUAAUGUGUGUUCAGGUAGACUGCAGGUGAAGAGGAACCAGGUGUGGUCCUCAGUGUGUUCAGAUGGAUUUGACCAGCAGGAUGCUGAGGUGGUCUGCAGGGAGCUGGGCUGUGGUUCUCCUUCAGGGUUUGAGGAGGAACUCUAUGGAGAAGCUCCAGAGUGGAUCCCAGAGUUCCGGUGUGGAGGCCAUGAGUCUGCUCUGCUGCACUGUGAGCGCUCAGAUAGAGACACCUGCUCACCUGGAACCACCGUCACACUCACCUGCUCAGACUCUGAUGAUGUUCGGUUGGAGGGAGGAGCCAACCGUUGUGCUGGUAGACUGAAGAUGAAACAUGAUGGAGUCUGGAGAGUGAUGAAAAUCCCAAACCCCGACUGGAACCUGAAGGUGGCGGCUCUGAUCUGUGGACGGCUGGACUGUGGUCCUGCAGUCUCAGCAGUAAACAGACCAGAAUAUCCACAUAAAGACGCUUGGUGGAUCAAUCCCUACUGCCCUCUUUCUGCUCUGAAGCAAUGUGUGACAAUGAAUCAUGAACAGAUCUCUGACAGCUUGGAAGUCACCUGCUCAGACUCUGUGAGGCUGGUGGGCGGGACUCACCGGUGUUCAGGUAGACUGCAGGUGAAGAGGAACCAGGUGUGGUCCUCAGUGUGUUCAGAUGGAUUUGACCUGCAGGAUGCUGAGGUGGUCUGCAGGGAGCUGGGCUGUGGUUCUCCUUCAGGGUUUAAGGAGGAACUCUAUGGAGAAGCUCCAGAGUGGAUCCCAGAGUUCCGGUGUGGAGGCCAUGAGUCUGCUCUGCUGCACUGUGAGCGCUCAGAUAGAGACACCUGCUCACCUGGAACCACCGUCACACUCACCUGCUCAGCUUCAGACCAAGUGAGGCUGGUGGGAAACAGAAGCACCUGUGCAGGUGAGCUGCAGAUGAAGGUCCAUGAAGAGUGGAGGCCUGUGAUGGACAGGGACUGGUACCGGAACCACACCUGGACAUCAGCAGCAGCAGCAUCAGCAGUGUGUUCUCAGCUCGGAUGUGGUUCUAUCGUGACUACAGAUUUAGAGAGAAGUGGAUCAAGUAGACAUGUGUGGCGUAUCGAGUCCUCCUGCUUCCAGUCGACUAUUUCCCUUCAGGACUGUCUGGUUCUGAACAAUGUGACUGAAUCUUCCUGGAGUCUGCAGGUGGUCUGUUCAGAUCUGCUGGUUCAACCAAACAUCUCCGUGUCUUCGUCCCGUCUUGAAGUCCAGCAGCAGAAGGUUAGGGUCCUCUUGGGCUCCAACUUCAGCAUCAUCUGCUCCACCAGGCCUCAGUAUCCAGGAGGUUCCUUCCAGCUCGUCUUCAACUCCUCCAGCUCAACGCUCAACUACGUCCUUCCAGCCGUCACACAUUCGGCCGUUUUCCUGUUUCCUGCUGCAGAAGGCCUCCACAGAGGGACGUACACCUGUAUUUACCACCUCUACGUCUUCUCCCAUAACUUCUCCUCCACCAGCCGGCCCAUCUAUCUCAUCCCCUCAGCUCCUCUGAUGGAUUUGAUCAUCAGACUUGUCGUCCACCUGCUGGUGAUGGUUCUUCUCAUCUCUGUCACCUGCUUCUACUCUAGAAAAUACUCUGUAGAAACCAGAAGCAGAAAUGAAGAAACAAACGUCGUCGCUGAGCUCCAGUGAUCCACGAUUUACCAAGAAACAUCCAGAAAAUGAUCUGUCUGCUUUUGUCCAUGAAAUAAACUUUCAUCCAGAAGUGAAACAACAACAACUUCUACAGAAAACAACAAUAUUUCAGCUGAUUUAAAUCCAGGAAAAAAUACAGUCAGGUUGGAAAAAUACUGAUUUUUAAUGUGGACGUUAUUUACAGUUUUGGUCUGUUUUUCAUGGUUAAAAUCUAAAUUAAUAUUGUUUUUUUAGUGUUUUUAAUGGAUAUUAUCUGGAAUUUAGCAAAACUUAGAAAAUCUGUCAUCUAACAGUAAAAAACAUAAAAUAUUUUAGUCCCUCAUUGGUAAUUUUUCUUAAAAAUGAAAUCAAAUGUCUGUAAAAUAAUCACAUUUUUAUGAAUUUCUAUACAAUAAGAAUGGCAGACAUGAUUUACAGUCUUCACCUGUUUUUUUAAACAGUUAUCACUUUUGUUCAGAGAUUUCACUCAAUAUUUUCUGUAAUUUAGUGAAACUGUAAAAUUCAGUAUAAUAACUGUUGUCAGUUUUCAUGGAUGGGAUCCCCUAGUCAGCCAUGAGGAUUAUGAAGGAGUGGCAGCAGAAUGAGAGAGCACAGUGUGAUAUUAUAACUGUGAUUUAUAAUGCUAAAUGCUGUAACCUGAUGAAUGUGUGAACUGACCAAACGCUACUUUUUAUCUUCUUUAAUUUUGAAACAGUGUAGAAAUCAGCAGAGUGCCUCAUUCAGAAGAAUGAUGGGUUGAUUAUUUUUAUACAUUGUUAUAAGUCGGUUGUUUCUUUAAAUGUGUCCUUUUUACAUUCUUUGAUGUUGAACGAUGAAUACUGUCUGAUAGGGUUCAGGAGGAGAGGAGUGAUUGUGUUUUUCAAAUGCAUGUUCCUGAACCUUUGUAUCAGAAGUGACCACUAGAGGGCAGCACCUCACUGGGAGCAGUGAGGGCCUUGGUUAGCAGAGGGGUCAGGAGGUUCAGGUUUACUAGCACUAGAUAAAUGAGAAUGCUUUCAAGGUUUAGAUUACUGUGAAAUGUAGAUGUUUACAGAAGAGUCUGAUCACCCUGGGAAGAUAAGGGAUUACUGAACUAGUGAGUAAUCUGGAGCUAAGAUAGGUUAGUAUUAAAUAACGCCCGUAGAGGUUCAUUAGCUCUGUAUAUAUUUUUGGGGAGUUUCUGGUAAGUCUGUGCACAUUGUGCAGAAAUGUGCAGUGUGGGUAAACACUCUCUCCAGCUUCCCCCUGGGUUCCUGUCGGGUCUCAGGUGAGCGGCCGGGUGUGGCCACACCGUCUGCUCUACUCCCUCCAAAUGACAUAUUUUGGGUGAUUAUUACUCUUCUUUAAUGAAAGCAUGGUACCAGUUAGGAGUUAUGAUGAGGGAUUUGAAUAUUAUCUAAUGUUUGAUUAUUUGUCUGAUGAUUUAUUGGCGAUGCUUUUGCCCUGCUGAGAUCUAUUUUAAUAAAGCUUUAUUCUGCAAUUAAAGACAA